UAACUGAUUAUUUUCAACGGGAGGAAAAAGCCAUGGCAACGGGCAGCGGAAGAGCGGCACUUCUCAGACAAACUUUCAGUGCUCUGAAUUUCAAAGGGACAUUGUCCAAGUCUAAGGACGAAGCUAUAGUUAUCCACCCAGGCUUAUCCUAUGGAGAUUUCCACGGAAUGUGUUUCAGGGACGCCAGCGAUCUGGAAGUUGAUGAAACUAAUGGAAGGAUCCAGGUUUUUCGCACACCACGCCAUGUCGUCGCCAGGGGAAGAUAACUUUGCGGAGUACGACGUGUUGACCAAGGACAGGAUGACUUUCAUGGGGUCCACAGAGUUCUUGAUUAACAAAGCCAUGUAUGACAGGUACAUGUCGAAAAGCCCACUAGAUGUGAAACUCAGACUUCACCAUGUCGGAAAAUCCUCGCUUAGUACACAGGCCAAAGUAUUUGUUCACCAGUCGGACACCGUACUUCUAUCGAACAUUAACCAAGUUGUCAGUAUUGAUCCAUCGUCUAGGAAACCAAUGCCAUUGCCCGACUGGUGGAAAACCAAAUACGCCGGUAUGGUGUCUGGUGGAGCGCCGAUGGUUAUCCAAUCAGAAUCCAGACCAGAUGGCGCCACUGUAUACGAUGUUCCUGUUAGUUGGAGUGAUACUGAUUUCUACGAACACACAAACUGGACCUCCUACGUAAAAUAUUGCAUAGAUGCUGCCAAUGUUUGCGGCAUAAGAGGCCAACUUCAACAAAUUUCCAAGGAAACCGUAAAAGAAAGCCAAGUGAAAACUCUACGCGUUCGCUACAGUGGGGAAAGUCUUCUAGGCGAUGUUCUGAAGAUUUAUUCUUGGGAGACUCCGGAAUUGCCAAAUAUCAUCAAGUUUCAAGUUUGUAAAGAAACUAAUCCUAUAUGUUUUGUAUUUAUAGAAUAUUUUGAACAUUCGUAAUAAAUCCAAAUAAAUCCUGUGUGAAGGAAACUGAUUCUGUAGGAAAUACGCUUAAAAGCAAGUAUAGUCGUCUGUGUUCAGAUUGCCACCAAGUUGUACAUGUUCUUUUGUAAAGUCUUAUUUCAACGCAGUUUUAAGCAUUUUUUCCAUACUAAAUAUGUGCAGUGCAUAGGGGAAAUAUUUACCCCGAACUCAAUAUUUCGCUUAUACCACGACGGCCGGCAUUAUGGUGAUAAGAAAUCGGGCAAAAUCCGCAGUUUGCUGGCAUAAACUGGACUUCAGCUCAUAGCGAUCCCUGUUGGCUUUGAUUAAUUGAUUGGUUGAUUUUAUUAGCGAUGCGAUAAUAAUUAUAUACACUGGAUUUUAAGACAUCAACAAGGUACAGACACAAUGUGAUAACAAUAAAGUCUAGAUAGAUACAAUACAUGGUGAGAAUAAAGCUCAGCUUGAGCUUGUUCUAAGUAAUAACAGCAUUGGAGGGGUGAGACUGACAUUUUAGAUUGUGUCUAAAUUAUUUCUUUUCUUUCUUAAUAUAUUUAUGAAUUUAUUUUACCUGAACUAUGCCCUAAUUAGGAAAUGUUAAAGUGAAGAUUGCAGCUUAGAAAGUAGAAAAAAUUGUAAUAAAAAUCAAAAGUGCGAUUUAGAAGAAACUGAUCUUAGUGUUAAUGGAAGCUUAUUCCAUUCUAUGGGACCGGAAGUUCUGAAUAA